AUGGCGAUUGGUUUGAAGAGGCCGGACGGUGGGAUAGACUGGAUCGCAUUGGCUGAAUGGACUCCUGCGCUGUUAAUGACCCUGAAGUCUAUUGCUUGCCAUGUAACGCCACCUGGUGGCUAUAGUCUGAUAGCUAAGAUCAGAACGAUGCAGUGCUUCUAUGCCUGUGAAUACUAUUUAGGGGACAGAACUAAUCGCAAAGUACAGCCAGUAAUUGCUCCAUUUAAAGUUGGCUUGGCAGGAAAUCUGAAAGCUGGUAGUAUUGCCAAACCACUCCAAUACAAAGGUACAAGUCACUUAACAUCAUCUAACCAUGUCAACUCAGUGGCUGCAAGGUCCAAAACACAACCCAACACGAAAACCUCUGAAGCCAAGAAAACCUUCUCCAAAACCCUUCCUGCAUUUUCCCAAGGAAGGAUCACCAGUGAUAAAAAAGGCUCCACUUUAUUCCCAGUGGAGUCAAAUACUGCCGAAAAUGUAACUACUGCUGAUCAGACUGUUCUUUCCGAACUUUGCGAAGGAGGUUUAAAUCGUGCAUUUUGUGCUAAAAAUGCCCCUACUGUGGAUUUCCAAGAGAAGGGGAGUGAGCACAUGGUGGAUACAGCUCCAAAUGCUGCACACUGUACAGAUGCAGCUUUUACUAAACCUUUUCUAGACCAGGCAAUUAAAACACAAGUUGGCACAUCAAAGGACAUUGCUCCAUAUAAUCCAAUAUGGGCUAUUGGUGUAGUCAGAACAGCUAUGGCUGUCCCCAAUGCAGCUAAACCUGCGGGUGGGGUGAGAAUGGACCCCAAUGCAGCUAAACCUGCAGUUGCGGUGAGAGCGGCCUCCGAUGCAGCUAAACCUGCGGGUGCGCUGAGAACGGCCCCCGAUGCAGCUAAACCUGCGGGUGCGGCGAGAACGGCCCCCAAUGCAGCUAAACCUGCGGGUGCGGCGAGAACGGCCCCCAAUGCAGCUAAACCUGCGGGUGCGCUGAGAACGGCCCCCAAUGCAGCUAAACCUGCGGGUGCGGCGAGAACGGCCCCCAAUGCAGCUAAACCUGCGGGUGCGGCGAGAACGGCCCCCAAUGCAGCUAAACCUGCGGGUGCGCUGAGAACGGCCCCCAAUGCAGCUAAACCUGCGGGGGCGGCGAGAACGUCCCCCAAUGCAGCUAAACCUGCGGGUGCGGCGAGAACGGCCCCCAAUGCAGCUAAACCUGCGGGUGCGCUGAGAACGGCCCCCAAUGCAGCUAAACCUGCGGGUGCGGCGAGAACGGCCCCCAAUGCAGCUAAACCUGCGGGUGCGCUGAGAACGGCCCCCAAUGCAGCUAAACCUGCGGGUGCGGCGAGAACGGCCCCCAAUGCAGCUAAACCUGCGGGUGCGGCGAGAACGGCCCCCAAUGCAGCUAAACCUGCGGGUGCGCUGAGAACGGCCCCCAAUGCAGCUAAACCUGCGGGUAAAGCCAGGACAGCACAGGGUAUAGCUAAACCUGCGAAUACAGUGAUGGUACAAAAGCAGUCGAUAGACGCAGAUACGGAGAAGAAUGAUGACUACAAGCAAUUGAGUAACUCAGCACGACCGGUGGCAAGUGCCAAAACCAAGCCUGAAACUGGGUUACCGCUACAGAAUGCAACAAAUCUAACUGGAAAUCAGCCAGUGACAAUCUGGCGACCUUUCACAAGGUCUGCUCAAAAAACGCAUCCUGCUUUGUGGUCUGCACCCAGCAGCAUAAAGGACAAUAAAGGAGCAGUGCAGAGUGCAAGCAAAUUGACUACAUCAGUAAUCAGCACUGCCAAGCGUCGGGGGAAUGAAAGCACUGUGAGCAAAACAGCAAAAGGGCAAGAUGAGAGGAGGAAACUCCUCGAAGAGUGGUUAGCUUCCAAAGGGAAGACGUACAAACGUCCUCCUAUGCCCACCCCUUUUAAAAAAUUAGUGCAGUCUGUCAAAAAGAAUUUGGAGCUUUCCUUCUGGGAUGCCAUUGAGGAGGAGGAAGAGCAGAAAAGCUUGACAGCUCGAGUGACCCACAUGUUGGAUGACUGCAUGCAAUUACUGGAGAAGGGCUCCCCACCUGAGCAAGUGUCUGCAGCAUUGCAGGCUGUUCCGGACAGCGAGAAGUUUGCCAAGUACUGGAUCUGUCAAGCCCGCCUGCUGGAAAUCACUGGCCCAAUGGAGGCUGUCAUAGCUCUGUUUGAGCAGGCAGUUCACAGUGGCGCAGAGCCUGUUGAAGAGUUGCGAUCUGCACUUGUCGAAACCCUCAUGAGGAAUGCAAACACUCAACCAGCUUGUGCAGAAAAUGCUAAUGAAACUGGAGGUUCUGAAACAGACGAGUUCAGAGAAUCAGUUACCACGGUCACACCACACACAAUAGCAAUGAGGGUUUUAUGUGAGAAAGCCGAUGACCAUGGUUCAUCUGUGGUCAAAUACAGAGUCACUGCAACACCUCAAGUACACCGAGGGAAAGAAGCUACAGACCGAAUCCGGUCAGUUGGUAAACAAGAUGUGAAGUUCCUCACCCCAGUUCGCCGAUCUGUACGCAUUGAACACAUGUCUGUGUCCUACCCUGAGACGCUGAAAGAGCAUGACUGCUGUGUAACCUCGCUGAAUGAGCUUCUCUCUGUGGAAGAGACUGAAACAUUUAUUUAUCAAGAAAACCGAGCUUUGCUGAAAGAAUGAACAAGAUUUAAAGGACUUGUAUAUGCGCUUACAGCAUUUCCAGCCUUCUGUUAUAAGUAAGCUUUUUAUAACUACUAGGAAUUAAUAAUGUACAGAAUAAACUUAUUUUAGUCAUUUAAAUAGUCAUUUAAAAUUGUAAAAAUUGGUUACAUCCAUAUCUCUAACAUCCCAUGUAUAUUGUUAACAAACACUAUCAUUUAGCAAAUGCAAGUUCUGAU